AAAAAAGAAAUAUGUGAAUGGAAAAAUAGUCACCCAUAUGAAACUUUAGAGAAUAUUGCUAAAAAAUUUGAAGUAUCAAAAUCAUUGGUUUCUGGUGUGUUAAAAGAUAAGAAAAAAUGGUUAUCUAAGGAUGAAAAUCUGAAUACUAUUAUGGGUGAUGAUGUUACUGAAAUUGAUGAUGGUAUUUCUGAGUUACAAGAAAAGAUUAAUAAAUUGAAUCUAGAAAAUUUAUCGAUGGAAGAAUUGACUGAUGACCAAUUUAUAGAAGUAAUAAGUCAAGCAACAGUAGCUGAAAUCAACAAUCCAGAAGAGGAGAAGGAAGAAGAAAUAGCAGUAAAAUUAUCAGAUAUU